AUGGAUUCUCUUCCACUGGAAGUCCAAAUAGAUAUACUUAAAUAUCUCAAUUUCAAACAAUUAAUAUCAAUGCAACAAACAAAUAGUUACUUUAAUCAUCUUAUUAAUGAUAACGAAAAUCAAUUGGCACGGAAGAAAUUCAGUUUUAUCCGCUUUACAUCUUUACUUGAUAUUGAAAUUCAUAUGUAUGAAUGUAAACCAUUUAAUCCCGAACCUAAACUAUAUGAAUUUGAAUUGAGUAAAGAACUCGAAGAAAAGUGGAAAUGUGGAAUAGAAAAGUCAAUGCCUUUAUUUUUUGUUGAUGAUGUUGAAGGCUAUGGUCAAGUUGCUUGUAUAUUAAAUAAAAACUUUGGCGAUGAACGUUCGUUUUGGGAUGAUUUAAUUGAUGAUUAUAAUACUUCAUGUAUGUUUGAAUUUAUAAAAAUUAGAAAAGUAAGGCAGCUGGGCCAUAGCAAAGUUGUUGCAAAGUUGCCGGUAUCGAUAUUUCUCUCCUUCAGAUAG